AUGGGUGAUGUUGAGAAGGGCAGGAAGAUUUUUGUUCAGAAGUGUGCCCAGUGCCAUACUGUGGAGAAGGGAGGCAAGCACAAGUCUGGGCCAAAUCUCCAUGGUCUGUUUGGGCGAAAGACAGGUCAGGCCCCUGGAUUGUCUUACAGGGAUGCCAACAAGAACAAAGGGAUCACCUGGGGUGAGGCUACUCUGAUGGAGUGUUGGGAGAAUCCCCAGGAGUACGUCCCUAGAACAAAAAUGCUCUUCGCUGGCAUUGAGAAGAGUGCAGAAAGGGCAGACUUGAUAGCUUAUCUCAAAAAAGCUAUCAUGAGGAAUAGUUGGCCACGGCCUUGUUUAUUACGAGUGUCUCAUGACUUUUUUAUGUGUACCAUAUUUACCAUGUGUAAUUGA